AUGCAAUAUGUUCCAAACUCACUGUACUUCCUUUCCGAUCUCUCAAGCAAUGAAGACAAUGACAGUAGCAACACCAACAUGGAUCAUAGUGACAAUUGUGAUGGUACCACUGGUCACAUUUCCUCAGCGCUACCUCGAAAGCGCCAGAAACUUGAUGUUCCUUACCAUGAGCAACAAAAACAAAAGCAAGCUGCAAAGCAAGCUGAGCUGGAGCAAGCAUACAAAGAUAUCACAAAGCAUUUGAAGUCAAAGAAGUUUGUGUUUGUUGGGGGUCCACAUGGUUUACAGGCAUGUCGUGCACGCACUAUCGAGGUUCACUUGAUGCUUGUGGUGAAGAAUGAGCAUGGUUUCAAGGUAGCCUCAGAGAUGGCUGCAGAGACCAAUGGGUUUGCUGCAAAGUGGGGAGGAUGCCAGGUCCGUGGUUGGACUCGAGAGUGGAUGCAAAUGAGAACACUCCCAGUCUCACAAUGGGGAUGGCAUGCCAAGAUUUCAUCACUUCUCGAUGACCCUGCAAUUGCAUCUGAGCUCCACACAUUCAUGCGCUCAAACAAAUGGUCGAUGGACCCUCAGAAGCUGGCGAAAUUUAUCAAAAAUGAACUUCUCCCUACUGAAGCAACAAAAUAUCUCGAACGACAACGGCUUGUGCAGAAUGAAAUGCCCCAGGGUCUGAAGAGAUACAUUGAGCUUGAGCUCUUUCCUCGCAUUCACAUGAAGGUUGGGUGUGGAGUAUCAUUGAGCACAGCCCAUCGCUGGCUCCCAAACAAUGGACAAUCAAUGAGCUGGGUACCAAACAGUGAGCACAAGCUGAGAAAGAAAGGAGUGGGUCGAGGAUUGCAUCAGAGCAGUAUCAUUUGCUCAACCGUUGGACAUCUUGAGGAAGCAGCACACACUAUCGAGUAUGGCAAGAAUUAUGACGGAUACUGGAAUGGGGAAAUGUUUGUCAAGCAGCUCCGUGACAAAAUCAUUCCAGCAUUUGAAUGUGCUCAUGGAUCUGGUUACCAGGCAUUGUUCCUCAUUGACAAUUCUCAGGGACACUCAGCAUAUGCAGAUGAUGCAUUGCUGAUCUCGCGCAUGAACGUAAAUCCAGGUGGCAAACAGGCACACAUGAAAGAUGGUUGGUUCAUUGAUGCUGGUAGGCAAAAAGUUAUUCAGUCCAUGAUGUUUCCCUCCAAUCACUGUGAUCACCCAAAUGAACCGAAGGGCAUCAAGGCUAGGUAUCUGUGCAAGAACUGUGAUUACACCUUCGAAACACUCAAAACCAACUUGCCAAAAGCUAUGGCUUCUGUAUGUCUCAGCACAAUCCGGUUAUGGGAGCAUCGGAUGCACAGGUGGAUGGACACUUAUCAGUCAGGUCUAGAGAUGAAAAAAGCACAGUUUCAGGUCAAGGAGUUCAGCUCAAGGAAGUACAAGUCUCAUAGAUGUGUUCCGGAGACUGUAGCAUGUCUUUUUGACUGA